GCCUCUGGAGCUAACGUGCUAACCGCUAACUGAGCUAGCGCAGCUAACCGAAUGUCUCGGCUCUGUUCGGUGUGCAAAUCUCUCCCUCGCUGUCAUGAUCCCGCCGCUGUGAACGUUCUCCGCGGACAUCCAGCCGAAGAUCCGUCCAGAGUUCCGCGUUCCCGACUGCCAAAUAAGGUGUGAAUGACUGACGUGGUGCCGCCCACCGCGCUCACCGAAAUCAAACUCCGACUCCUGUGCCAAGAUGACAUAGACAGUGUUAAAGUGCUGUGUGGUGAUUGGUUCCCCAUCGAGUAUCCCGACUCGUGGUAUCAUGACAUCACGUCGAACAAGAAGUUCUUUUCCCUGGCAGCAACCUUCAAAGGUGGCAUCGUGGGGAUGAUCGUGGCAGAAAUUAAGAGCAGGACAAAAGUGCACAAAGAGGAUGGAGACAUUCUGGCCUCCAGCUUUCCUGUUGACACUCAGGUCGCCUACAUUCUGAGCUUAGGAGUGGUGAAGGAGUUUCGAAAACAUGGAAUAGGCUCCCUGUUGCUGGACAGUCUGAAGGAGCACAUCUCCACUGCAGCGCAGGACCACUGUAAGGCCAUCUACCUGCACGUUCUCACCACCAACCUUACGGCCAUUCACUUCUACGAGAACAGAGACUUUAAACAGCAUCAUUAUUUGCCCUAUUAUUACUCCAUCCGAGGGGUGCUGAAGGACGGCUUCACCUACGUACUAUACAUCAAUGGUGGACAUCCGCCUUGGACCAUCUUUGAUUAUAUUCAUCAUAUAGGAUCGGCGCUGGCCAGCUUAAGCCCAUGUUCCAUUCCACAGAGGAUCUACCGGCAAGCACAGAGUCUCCUUCGCAGCUUCCUGCCGUGGUCCAGCAUUUCGUCCAAGAGCGGCAUUGAGUACAGCAGAACCAUGUGAGAGGCUCGCGUAAAGGAAUACUGCAGACACUUUACAACCGUAAUCUGCAUUUACUCCGUGUGUGUUUGUGUGUGUGUGUGUGUACAGUAUACAGGCUUCAUGUCCUUUUUUAUGUUUGUGGUAAUCUCACACACACACACACACACACACUGUAUGUGAUGCUGUAAAUGGAGACGACGUUGACGUUUAAAGCAUUUUAUCUCAACAGCCGAGAACGUUUGCUGUUUUCUUUUCCGUCCUCCAGCUGAAGGACGGAACUCUUUCCGUCUUUGCGAACCUCGGCGUCGCUGAUUUUUACUCAAACUCCGUCUCGGCCCGUUCAGGUCGUGUGUAAUAUCUGUACAUAAAAUCCUCAUGAUUAAUAUAUGCAUCGUCUUUAUCCCACUCUCCUGUUCAUGUGACCCCUGAGGAGAACUUCAUGCCUGUAAUUCCGCUGCUAGCUAGAAAAUCUUCUUUACUUACAGUACAGUACGUGUGACUGCUCCGGAUAAGGAGGCGUAAGGACGACGGUCCUGCACGUGCACGUGUCGAGCCGGGUUUCACACAAAGCUCUCGUCAUGUUGUUUAUUAUUUUUUUUUUUAAUCGUGUUUAUUCAUGAAAAGUUUUAAGUGAUGUUUUAAUCUGUAGAUCAAUCGCGCAAGAAAUCAUUUCUGACCUUUUAUUAAAUCUCGUCUGUAAUCAUCGCACCCUCAAACACAGCGUUGUGGUUUUCUACGCAUCAAAACGUGAAUGUAACAGAGAGUGAAAAGGAGGAGAAAAUCAGGGAUCAGAUGCUUUUUUUUUUUUUUUCUUUCCCCCUCAGACAAAUGAACUGAAGUGACCUGUGUGAGAAAGUCAUCAGACGUUAAUAAAUACGAGCGGUAUAUUGACUUCCUGUUUCAGGUUCCACUAUGUCAGGAGAGCAGUGUUGUGGUUGAGGAGAUAGAUAGGCAGCUAUUUCUACAUAUGGUGAGGAACAAGAUAUUAAAAAAAACAAAACAUAAAUAAAUAAAUAAAUAAAACUUGAACGAAUUCAAUUAAAUAAUGAAACAUCUGGACAUUUUGGUGUGUGUCAGAUUGUGUGAAAAUAAAUAGGAUCAUGAUGUAAUUGUCCCACAACAGAAAAAAAAAAAAACCUAUCUGACUCGAUCCAUAAACAAAAUGCAUCUGUAUAAAGCUGAAUUAUAGAAAUUCUAAAUAUCUGAUCGUUCAUAUCACAAACAGAAAGGUUUUGUUUUUCCCCCCAUUGUAAUUGUCUUAAUGCAGAGUUUCUGAUGGUUUUGGGGUGAAAGUGAACACAACACAAGCAGCUUGUUGCUAUGAAGGUUUCUGUCACGCUCCUGUUUUAUCUUCAGGGUCGGUCGUGUGUGUAGUCGCUGAAGGCUCGAAUGCAAAUUCUGAAAAGGGAAGAGAAAAUGUUUAAUGAUCAGUGUGAAACCCACAGGAAGGCCUUGAUCUCGUUUUGAUCCACUGAGCAGCAGAUUUCAGAUUCCAGGCGUUCACGAUGUUUGCGUUGGAUUUAAACCUGUUUAAACAUCUGUUUUGUUUGUAAUAAAUGUUAUUUUCCCAACUUCAUGUUAUUUUUUUAAAUGAUUUUAAAUGGUAAGAUCUGAAUUUUAAGUGCAUGAAGCCCUGUACAAGAGCUCCCUCAACUGGUCGUAAUUGUAAAGUGAUGAAUUUUACUAUUUAUUUGACGCCUCUGUUAAAUAUCUCGAUCAAACAAAAUGUCUUGUGUCUUUACUGCGUUUCUUUUGUACCAAGCUUGACUCUCGUACCCCAUUUUUUUCUAUAUAUAUAUAUAUAUAUAUAUAUAUAUAUAUAUAUAUAUAUAUAUAUAUAAUCUGUUUGUUUAAAUCAUUUCGAUUCAGUCGUUUAUCCACGAAGUCGGUGUGAGAAAGACGACGAGGAAAUAAAAGACGUAAAAACA